AGUGCCCGUGACCUCGCCAUGGGCAUCCCCCCUUUGGUGCAAAAGGCAUGGCUGGCAGUGAUCCAUGGUGUCCUCGGCAUCGGCCAACCACUUGGACAACAAUGGCCUCUCCGUGUGCAUGCAUGAUCGCGGCGACGGCACACGUGAAAGCACCCGCUCACGGCUCACGUUGACAUCCUCGUGGCCCGGAGCGGAGUUUUUAUAUCGGCGCUGGACGGCGACGCCGCCAACAUUUCGAGCACCUGAGUUCUUGCUGCCAUCCAGUAGCUAGCUGCGGGAUGUCGGGAGCGGAGCCAUCGUCGGCGGCGGCGGGGGCGGGGGCGGGGGCGGGCAAUGGCCAGCACGCGGCAGUGGACAUCCGGGCGGCGGCGCAGCAGCCCGAGGAGCCGAGGCAGACGUCCAUGAGCGGGCCGCUCAACCUCCGGAGCGACCGGAGGCCGCCGCCGGCGCAGAGGGCCUUCAGCCGGCAGGUGUCCCUGGGCAGCGGCGUCGCGGUGAUGGGCAUGGACAGAGGCGGGAGGAACGGCGGCAGGCCCGGGCAGCGCGCGCUCCCGCGCAGCGGCAAGAGCCUCGGCGUGCUCAACCACAGCGGCGGCCUCGGCCCGGACGGCGCCGCGCGCAGGGGCGGCGACUUCAGCAUGUUCCGGACCAAGUCCACGCUCAGCAAGCAGAACUCCAUGCUGCCGUCGAGGAUCAAGGAGGAGCUCGACGGCGUCGACCUGGACCACGCCGAGGGCCAGCCCGCCGGCAGGCCCGCCGACGUGGACCCUCUCAACAAGAGCGUCCCUGCCGGCCGCUACUUCGCCGCGCUCCGCGGCCCCGAGCUCGACGAAGUCCGCGACUACGAGGACAUCCUGCUGCCCAAGGACGAGGUGUGGCCGUUCCUGCUGCGGUUCCCGAUCGGCUGCUUCGGGGUCUGCCUGGGGCUCGGCAGCCAGGCCAUCCUGUGGGGCGCGCUGGCGGCGAGCCCGGCGAUGGGGUUCCUCCGGGUGACGCCGAUGAUCAACGUCGCCGUGUGGCUGCUGGCGACGGCGGUGCUGGUGGCCACGUCCGUCACCUACGCGCUCAAGUGCGUCUUCUACUUCGAGGCCAUCCGGCGCGAGUUCUUCCACCCGGUGCGCGUCAACUUCUUCUUCACGCCGUCCAUCGCCGCCAUGUUCCUCGCCAUCGGCCUCCCCCGCGCCUUCGCGCCGGCGAGGCUGCACCCGGCCGUGUGGUGCGCGUUCGUGGCGCCGCUGUUCGCGCUGGAGCUCAAGAUCUACGGGCAGUGGCUGUCGGGCGGCAAGCGGAGGCUGUGCAAGGUGGCCAACCCGUCGUCGCACCUCUCCGUGGUGGGCAACUUCGUGGGCGCCAUCCUGGCGGCGAGGGUCGGGUGGGAGGAGGCCGGCAAGUUCCUGUGGGCCAUCGGCGUCUCCCACUACAUCGUCGUCUUCGUCACGCUCUACCAGCGGCUGCCCACCAACGAGGCGCUGCCCAUGGAGCUGCACCCUGUCUACUCCAUGUUCAUCGCCACGCCGUCCGCCGCCAGCCUCGCCUGGGCGGCCAUCUACGGCAGCUUCGACGCCGUCGCGCGCACCUUCUUCUUCAUGGCGCUCUUCCUCUACAUGUCCCUCGUCGUGCGCAUCAACUUCUUCCGUGGCUUCCGGUUCUCCAUCGCGUGGUGGUCGUACACGUUCCCCAUGACGACGGCGUCGCUGGCCACCGUCAAGUACGCCGAGGCCGUGCCGUGCUUCACGAGCAGAGCCCUGGCGCUGAGCCUCUCCCUCAUGUCGACGACCAUGGUGUCGCUGCUGCUCGUGUCGACGCUCCUGCAUGCUUUCUACUGGCGCUCGCUGUUCCCCAACGACCUCGCCAUCGCCAUCACCAAGGACCGGCAGAGCGGCGCGGGGAGGCCACACGGCAAGGGGAGGAAGGCCGGCAAGAGGGUGAACGACAUCAAGCGGUGGGCCAAGCAGGUGCCGCUCUCGGUCGUCUCCUCCAUCACCAAGAGCAACUCUGCAGACAAGGAAGAAGAGGAGAAAACAGACUAGUUGUAUAUAUAUACUAUGUGUGAUUAAACAGCAUUACAGGACUUCAUGGCUUGAUCAGCAUAAAUAAGACACUUAUAAUACUAUAUGAUUUGUAGUAAGCUAGAGCUAGAAGGAAUACUAUUUAUGGAUUGAUCACAA